CUUCUAUCGGUUGAUCAGUAGCAAUUUGGUUGAGUGAUUGGCUAGUUUUGAUAUUAUCGGAAGAUGUCUCCAAUAACUUUGUACACUACACGGCGUACUCCGGCCGGUCGAGCUGUGGAGAUCACCGCCAAGUUAAUUGGCGUCGAAUUGGACGUCAAGUUUAUUGAUUUGUCCAAGAAGGAACAUUUGACUGAGGAAUUUUUGAAGUUGAACCCUCAACAUACAGUGCCAACGAUCGUCGAUAACGGAGUGGCUCUGUACGACAGUCACGCGAUCAUCGUCUACCUGGUGCAGAAAUACGCCAAAGAUGACGCCCUGUAUCCGAAAGAUCUGGUGACGCAAGCUCGCGUCAACGCAUUGCUGCAUUUCGAGUCGGGCAUUUUGUUUGCUCGACUUCGAGGAACGUUGGAACCCAUCUUCUACCAUGGGUUCCCGGAGGUUCCACAGGACAAACUGACUGCCAUCCACGGAGCGUAUGACCUGUUGGAGGCUACGCUGCAGUCCGACUACCUGGUUGGCAACUCGCUGACACUCGCCGAUGUCAGUUGCAGCACAUCGCUAUCCACACUGAACGCCCUGUUCCCAGUCGAUGCCGGAAAGUGUCCGAAACUGGUUGCGUAUCUACAACGUUUGGAAAAGAACAUGCCGAGCUACAAGGAGCUGAACUCGGAUCGUGCAGCCGAAGCGGUCGAUUUCUUCAAGCAGAAGCUGGAAGAAAACAAAAAGAAGUGAAUAAAAAUAAAUAUGGCAUCACUGGGUGGGUGAUUUUCUAAAAUAAAACUCAGUCUAUGUUUGUUUUCUUUCUUUA